AUGUUACAGUCAUGUGACCAGUCAUCGUCAACACUUUAGUUCAUCAUGGCGGCGGCUGCGUCUGUUUUCCACAAAGUGAGAACUGGGUCUAAAAUAGGUGCUCAGUAUGACCAAGAAGGCAACCUCAUUCAGGUGGAAACCCGAGAGGAUGAGGACCAAAGCGUCAAAUUGGCGGAAAUCCUGGAGCUCCUGCUGGUGGCUGGAUACUUUAGAGCACGGAUUAAAGGCUUGUCACCUUUUGAUAAGGUGGUCGGAGGUAUGACCUGGUGCAUCACCACAUGUAACUUUGACAUUGAUGUGGAUCUUCUUUUUCAGGAAAACUCAACCAUUGGUCAGAAAAUAGCUCUGACAGAAAAAAUAGUGUCUGUGCUACCGAAGAUGAAGUGUCCUCAUCGCCUGGAGCCUCAUCAAAUCCAAGGGCUGGAUUUUAUCCACAUUUUUCCAGUAAUACAGUGGUUGGUGAAGCGAGCCAUAGAGACCAGGGAGGAGAUGGGUGAUUAUGUGAGAGCCUACUCCAUUUCUCAGUUCCAGAAGACCCACAGCCUCCCAGAGGAUGAAGAGUUCCUCCAGAGGAAAGACAAGGCUGUGAGAGCAGUUCUGGAUGUAUUGGAAGUGUACAAACCCCAGAGGAAGUACAGGAGGCAGAAGGAUGCAGGGGAGCUGCUGGAUGAGGAGUCCAGGGUUCACUCCACUCUGCUGGAAUAUGGCAGACGAUAUGGAUUCAGCAAACAGUCCAAACAAGACAAGGUGGAUGAGAGGAAGGCUUCACUGCCUGGUGGCUCUCAGGCGGCGCCACCUGGGAUGGCAGAGGUGUCAGAGGAAGACGACCUGCGGGCAGCGGAAGAGAUGCGAAUCAAAACCCUCAUGACCAGCAUGGCUGCCAUGGCAAGUGAAGAGGGAAAGCUGACAGCGAGUGCAGUGGGUCAGAUAGUGGGACAGCAGUCUGAAGAGAUCAAGCAGAUUGCUUCUGAGUACGCUGAGAAGCAGUCGGAGCUGUCAUCAGAAGAGCGUUCAGAGCACUACGGCCCACUGCAGCAGCACCGCAGGGCUGUGGCCUCUCUCAACAAACAGAUCCAGCAGAAGACUAAACAACUGGAUGAGCUACAAGCAAACCAUGCAGAGGUGAAAUCCGGCUGUGACAACGCGAAGAGAAAACUGAUUGAGGCUACAGAGCAGUCGGAGAAACUGGAGAAAGAACUGAAGUCUUUAGAUGAGGUGGAGGAGCAGGCUGACAGCAGCUUGCUGGAAAAGCUGAGGGCUCUGGUGACAAUGAAUGAGAACCUGAAGCAGCAGGAGCAAGAGUUCCGCACACACUGCAGAGAAGAGAUGGCCCGUCUGCAGCAGAACAUUGAGGAACUUAAGACAGCAUCCGGACAAAAUACAGGGGAGGAGAAGGAGAGGAACCAGCUGAUAGACAAACAGUACAACACAGACAGAGAGAAACUACUGAAGAUCCGUCUGCUCAUGGCUCGGAGGAACCGCGAGAUUGCCAUCCUGCAGAGGAAGAUUGACGAGGUGCCGAGCCGGGCUGAGCUGACCCAGUACCAGAAGAGAUUUAUUGAACUCUACAGCCAAGUUUCUGCAACACAUAAAGAGACCAAGCAGUUCUUCACACUGUAUAACACGUUAGACGACAAGAAAGUUUAUCUGGAGAAGGAGGUCAAUCUGCUGAAUUCCAUUCACGACAACUUCCAGCAGGCCAUGUCGUCUUCAGCAGCAAAGGAGCAGUUCCUUAGACAGAUGGAGCAAAUAGUGGAGGGAAUCAAACAGAGUCGCAUCAAGAUGGAGAAGAAGAAGCAGGAAAACAAAAUGAGGAGAGAUCAGCUCAAUGACGAGUACCUGGAGCUACUGGACAAGCAGAGGCUUUACUUCAAAACUGUCAAGGACUUUAAAGAGGAGUGCCGGAAAAAUGAAAUGUUGUUGUCCAAACUGAGAGCGAAAGGAGCCUCGUAACCCUGGAACCACUGUUGCUAAACUGUUGUUGAUUGAAAGGAAGUAUGUCAUCGGUAUGAUGAUGACAAAUUGAUCAAAGAUUAAUUUUAAAUGUAUGGAGUUUUAUUAACAUUCCAGACUUUGUUUCAUCAUUCUUCUUUAUGGCUUGCAUCUAAAACCCUGCGAGAGGGUGCUCAUUACAUGUGCUAAAUCCUGCCAACUGAAAAACAGAACUGGCUUUAAAUUGAUUAAGUCAAAAGAGGCUCAUAAGUGCUUCACAUAUGUUGGCUGAACCUUAAGCUUCACCACAGUGAUCACAAAUGACUGUACCUCACUUUCUUAGCAUCGAGUCAGUCUGUCCUCUCAAAAAUUGUUGAAUUUUCGAAAGAACAAUAUGUAGGAGCCCCAUAAUAAUCCUGUAAAUCAUGACAGUGUGUUUAAUGAAUGAAUGAUAAAUGUUGCACUUAGGGACUGAACCAAAAGGAGCUUAAAUGUCAGAUCUAAUGAUAACUUCACUAACAUUUACUUUCCACCUUUUAGAGCUGUCUAGGCAGCUGUGCUAGCUGUAAAACAUCCCCCUGUUCUCAUGUUGAUCAUAAAGUGGAGCUUUCACUCUCAGAGAACAGAGACCUAUCCCCACUCCAUCAUCACAUUUGAUGUAUGGAGUUUCCUAGUGCAGCUUUAAAUAUUGCUCUUUGUAUAUUAAGUUCUUUGCCAAUAAUGCUAUUCUUAUGUGCCUCUUAAGUUUGAAUUCACAUCAUUCUUAGAUCUGCCUUUGUCACUAUCCAACAACUGCUGUUUCAUGAAUAAAAACUGAAAUGCC